CUCACACACACACACACACACACACAAACAGACUCCCUAAAAUGGCGCACACAGCUCGGACCCGUUUCCCAGCUCGGCCCUGGAAAAAAUCGGGACGGUCGCGGAUCCUGAGCUCGAGGAAGGAUUUAAAACACGGAUUCGACGCCGCCCUGCCCGUCUCCGCCGCCAUCGGCAAAAACCUGCACAAGUUCCACGACCUCUUCGGAGAAAGCAGCAGUAGUGAGGAUGAACAGUUUUUGGGUUUCUGCUCAGAUGACAACAGUGUUCGAAGCCCUACAAGAUGCCAUUCCAGACCCCAGAGAGUUGAAUCACCUCAAAGAAAGCUUCGAGGAAGACAAAGGACGUUUUCUUCUCAGAGCUCAGAUGUGUUAUCGGAUUCAUCCUCUGCACUGUCCCCUCCAAACAAGCCAGAGUUAAAGCCUGUCGAAAAGGAAAAGAAGCAAGAAUUAAGCAGUGGGGAGAGGAGGAGAGGUCGGCCUCCAGUGUUAAGCAAUCCAAAGCUUCAUAUUUCGCAUGAAAAAAAAGAGGCAACAAAUGGGAAAACAGAAAAACAAAAAAGUGAAAAAGAGAAGAAAGUGAAAAAGAAAACUUCUGCAUUACUGCAGCAGGCAACAAAAAUCAAGAAGCUAAGGGCAGUCAAACUGUCCCCUUUGCAGUCCAAAUUAAAGAAAGCUAAACUACAGAUAAACAGCAAUGGGGGCAAGAUUGAACGGAGGAGAGGGAGGCCGCCAUCCUCAGAGCGAUUGAAAACCGUUCCAAAACUGCUUGUUCCACCACAACCCAAGAAGCAAAAGAGAUUUCGUAAGGAGAAAGAUGUCACAUCAACACCAAAACCUUCAGUGACCAAGGAGGUGAAAACUGAUGUCAGACAGAGGCCCCGCAGGAUAACUAAACCAGUCAGAGUUGUUCCUGUCACAAAAAGGACUGAUGCAACUAUUGCAAAACAGCUACUGCAGAGGGCCAAAAAAGGAGCGCAGAAACGGAUGGCUUCACCUCAGCUGAAAAAUAUUCGUCAGUUUAUCAUGCCAGUAAUCAGUGCCAUUUCCUCAAGGAUAAUUAAGACUCCAAAAAGGUUUAUUGAAGAUGACAGCUAUGUUCCUCCUGUCAAAGUUCCACGCCUAGAGUCAACUCCAACUGGUCGGUUCAGCACAAUAUCUUGUGGGUCUAGUGAAAAGUCCAGUGCUGUUUCACAGCAUUCUUCACAAAUGUCCUCCGAUUCUUCAAGGUCAAGCAGCCCCAGUGUCACCUCCACUGAUUCACAGGCAUCUGAUGAACUGCAGACUCUUCCUGAAGUACCAAGCCAGUCCACAGACUUGCACAGUUGCUUAAACACCUCGCAGUCCAGUGAAUCAGGAGGCACGGACAAAAAGGGUCACCGAUUCUCAAUGCUGGAAAGAAGCAAUACGGCGAGCAAGAAAUUGCCAACUUCUUCACCACAGCCAACAUCAUCAUCUCCACCACCACCCUUGCUUUCUCCUCCCCCUCCUCUACAGCAAUCUCCUAACAUAUCUGAUCACUCUCCGUGGCUGAUGCCUCCAACAAUACCUUUCAUUCCACCACCAACAGCUUUGCCAGAAAAGCGGAAAUCUAUCUUGAGAGAGCCGACGUUUAAGUGGACAUCUCUUAAAAACCUGAGGCCAGAAUCGCAUCAGUACUUCUCCUCAGCAAAGUAUGCCAAAGAGGGACUCAUUCGCAAACCAAUAUUCGAUAACUUCAAAACAUCACCACUGACUCCUGAAGAUGUUGGCUUGCCAUCCAGGUUCCAUGCGUCCUCCAGCACCCCGCCACCUCGCUUUUUCUCUCAGCUUCACCCUGCCUCCAGGUUUGAUACUCAUAAGAGAAGUCCUCUACUCCGUGCUCCGCGAUUCACUCCUAGUGAAGCUCACUCCAGAAUUUUUGAGUCUGUUACGGUGUCAUCGCACGCUGUGGGUCGAUCUUCGGUUUCUGCUUCAGGUAAAGGACAUUCUUCCAGAAGGAAGAAGAAAGAAAUGCAUAUUCCAAGCCGCACUGAUUCAAAAUCUCCCUCGCACUCCAUGAGAACCAGAAGUGGACGACUGAUUUCUACAGAUUUAUCACCAAUCACUCCGCAGACAUCUGUAGCCUCCUCAUCUCCUGUAAGCUCCAUCCUAACUGGUGCCUUAACUCCUCCUCUUGGUAGUUUGGUGCAGACUGAGGGAACAGUGAAGGAUAAAGAUGGUAGAACAAAGCUGGGGUCUAGACAGACCAGCACUCCAGGUGACAGCUUCACUGUAGACUCAGCCAGUCCAACAUCUCCACUGUUUCCAUCACUAGCACCAAGCGGCCAAAAGGACAAAGGAAAAAACAAAGACAGGUUAACUGAAGAUUUAUCCAAAGAGAAAGAUAAUGAGAAAGGGUCUGAGAAAGACAAAGAUCGAGACAAAGAAAAGGAAAAUAAACGAGAAACAAGGAAAGAGAAAGAAAAGAAGUCUCAGAGUAAGGGGACAGAGAUUCAGUCUGCUGCAUCAUUAUUUCUUUUUCCCAGGACAAUGGAUGAAGACAGAGCUAUUACAGAGGAUGUAGCUGCUUCGUCUUCAGUGAAGAAAGUUUCAGGGAGAGCCAAAAAGUUGAUCUCAACAGAUAAAGGCGGAGUGGCACAGGGAGAUGGUCCUUCCUCAACAUUGUCUGAUGUGAAGAAUAAAAACUCAAAGAAAGGCAGACUUGGAUCUGAAGAGGUAGGGCUUGUGACAGGUGAUACUGAAAACAGUGCAGCUGCUUCCAUAGGCAAUAAAGACAAGCCUGCUCCACAUUCUUCCAUUACCGCCAUGUUCACAUCUGGUGCUCUUAAACCUUCUGCACCCGCUAUUAGUAAUAUGCUCGCACAAGCAGACAAGAUGCCAACGACAGAUAAGAGAGUUGCAAACCUACUGAGAAGAGCCAAAGCACAGCUCUGCAAAAUCGAAAAGAGCAAGUCAUUAAAAAUAGCUGAUCCAACAAGAUCCCAGGGUCAAGAAAGUGAUUCUUCAGAAGCGUCAAUACGAGGCCCUCGUAUAAAGCACGUUUGCAGACGGGCUGCUGUUGCGCUAGGUCGGAAAAGGGCUGUGUUCCCUGACGACAUGCCCACCCUGAGUGCCUUGCCAUGGGAGGAGCGUGAGAAGAUACUGUCUUCAAUGGGAAAUGACGAUAAAUCAUCUGUAGCUGGGUCAGAGGAUGCUGAACCACCUGCACCAAUAAUCAAACCAAUCGCUAAGCACAAGGUCCCACAGGAGCCUAUUGUUCGGAAGGGGAGGAGGUCACGUAGGUGUGGGCAGUGUUCAGGCUGUCAGGUACCAGAUGACUGCGGCCAGUGUACAAAUUGCUUGGACAAACCCAAAUUUGGUGGUCGGAAUGUGAAAAAGCAAUGCUGCAAGAUGCGGAAAUGUCAGAAUCUCCAAUGGAUGCCUUCUAAAGCACCUCCUCCGAAACCAGUUAAAGUAAAGAAAAAGGAAAAGAAAACAAAAAUACAAGAGAAGAAAGAAGUGCCAGCUGUAAAACAACAUUCCGACUUCAGCCAUAAAAGCUCUCCCCAGGCUGGUUCACAAGGACAAGAGCACGCCCAGAAAAUGAACCAGGUUCCUCAUCAACACAAUGACCAGCAGUUUGAGGAAGGCAGCUCCUCUCCGCCUUCUGAAGUCCGGCAACAGGCAGCUAUAGUUUCACCUGUCCGGAAACCUAGCAAACAACCCCCUCAACCAUCUGACUCCAGUCAGCCUCAGCAACCAGGACAUGUGCAACUGAAGAAAGAAUCAGUCAAGCCUGGGCUGAGCGAUCCAAAGAAAAAGCAGCCACUGCAAACAGAUUCAGCACUAGAGCUGAACAAGCAGAAGAAAGCCCCUGCUCGUUUCAAUAUUCAGUUAAAAACUAAAAAGCCGAAAGAAAAGGAUAAAGUGGUUGCUGUCAGCAAGUUUGAACCCAGUACUCUGAACCUGCUCACCCCAUUCACGAAUGUCAGUUGUGGGAAACAGAAACCAUUGGCAGAUGGAGUCCACAGGAUCAGAGUGGAUUUCAAGGAGGACUGCGAUGUGGAAAAUGUGUGGGAGAUGGGUGGACUUAGCAUCCUGACCUCUGUACCCAUCACUCCCAGAGUGGUCUGUUUCCUCUGUGCCAGCAGUGGGCAUGUCGAGUUUAUUUACUGUCAGGUGUGCUGUGAGCCUUUCCACCUCUUCUGCCUGGAGGAGAAUGAGCGACCCCUGGAGGAACAGUGGGAGAACUGGUGUUGUCGACGCUGCAAGUUCUGCCACGUCUGUUGCCGACAAAAUAAAUCCUCAAAGCAGCUUCUCGAGUGUGGCAAGUGCCGAAACAGCUAUCACCCAGAGUGCCUGGGACCAAACUACCCUACAAAACCAACCAAGAAAAAGAAAGUCUGGAUCUGUACAAAGUGUGUACGAUGUAAGAGUUGUGGAGCCACAACACCGGGAAAAGGCUGGGAUGCACAGUGGUCACAUGAUUUUUCAUUAUGCCACGAAUGUGCAAAGCUCUUUGAUAAAGGAAACUUCUGCCCGCUGUGUGACAAGUGUUACGAUGAUGACGAUUAUGAGAGCAAGAUGAUGCAGUGUGGAAAAUGUGAUCGUUGGGUUCAUGCAAAGUGUGAAAGCUUGUCAGAUGAGAUGUACGAGAUUUUGUCAAAUCUUCCAGAAAGUGUGGCAUACACAUGUAUAAACUGUACAGAGCAACAUCCUGCAGAAUGGCGGCUGGCGCUAGGCAAGGAACUUCAAAUCUCUUUAAAGCAAGUCCUGACUGCACUGCUAAACUCAAGGACUACAAGCCACUUGUUACGCUACAGGCAGGCAGCCAAACCGCCUGAUUUAGAUCCAGAGACGGAGGAAGCUGUCUCAGCUCGCAGCUCACCAGAAGGUCCUGAUCCUCCAGUUCUUAUAGAGGUAAACCAGCAGGAUGAACAACCACUUGAUCUGGAAGGUGUAAAGAGGAAGAUGGAGCAAGAGAGAUACCACUCAGUGCUGGAGUUCAGCGAUGACAUUGUGAAGAUCAUCCAAACAGCGAUGAAUUGCGACGGAGGGCAGCCUGAAAACAAAAAAGCCAAUAGCAUGGUCAAGGCAUUCUUUAUACGGCAAAUGGAGCGAUUCUUCCCAUGGUUUCGUGUGAAGGAGUCCAAGUUCUGGGAGCCCAACAAGGUGACCCCAAACAGUGGAAUGCUGCCCAAUGCUGUGUUGCCACCAUCGUCAGAUCACAACUAUGCUCAGUGGCAAGAGCGGGAAGAGAGUACUCGCACUGAACAACCAGCACUUACCAAGAAGAUCAUUCCCGCACCACAACCAAAAGGACCUGGAGAUCCUGAUUCACCAGUGCCUCUGCCUCCACCACCCCUUGCAAUAACAGCAGGCUCUGACAGAAGCCGAGAGGACAGUCCUGAUAUCGACCCUCCUCCUGAUGUGGAAGACAACAGGCAGUGUGUGCUUUGCCUGAAAUAUGGAGAUGACAACAGAAAUGAUGCUGGACGACUUCUGUACAUUGGUCAAAAUGAGUGGACACACAUAAACUGUGCCUUGUGGUCAGCGGAAGUCUUUGAGGAUGAUGAUGGCUCGUUGAAGAACGUGCACAUGGCUGUUAUCAGAGGCAAGCAACUGCGCUGUGAAUGUUGUCAGAAGGCUGGGGCUACUGUUGGCUGCUGCCUUACAUCCUGUCAGAGCAACUAUCACUUCAUGUGCGCUCGAGUGAAGAAUUGUGUGUUCCUGGAUGACAAGAAGGUGUACUGCCAGCGGCACAAAGAUUUAGUUAAAGGAGAGACUGUUUCUGAGGAUGGAUUUGAGGUUUUACGAAGAGUUUUCGUCGACUUUGAGGACAUCACUUUAAGAAGGAAGUUUCUGACAGGCCUUGAGCCAGAAAGUAUCCACAUGAUGAUUGGAUCUAUGACAAUAGACUGUUUGGGGAUACUCAAUGAUCUCUCUGACUGUGAAGCCAAGUUGUUCCCUAUCGGCUAUCAGUGCUCAAGGGUUUACUGGAGCACAACUGACGCUAGGAAGCGAUGUGUGUACACAUGCAAGAUCCUGGAACACAGACCGCCUCCCGUGGAAACAGAAAAAAACAGCACUUUAGAACACAGUGAAAACAGAACCAUAGCACAUAGUCCGAGCAGUCCAACAGAAAUUGAGAUGGCAGAGAGUCAGCAUACAAGUACGUCUGAAGUACUGGACCACCAUCCACCCUAUCACACACCCGGGCCAAUACCUCCUCGAUUGCAGUCGGGAAGUAGGCUCCAGAUAUCCAAUCCAUCACGACGGUCUCCAAGCACUGGGUCAAGACCCCUUCCAUCACCAGGGAGCCCCACACCAAUGAUGCACGAGAUUGUUACAUUUGCCGAUGCCCUACUGUCGUCAGGAAGGCGCAGCACCAUCUCCAGACGACACAGUACAUCUUCUGUAUCGCCUCAACAUUCCAGGCACAGAAUGGCUUCUCCUUCCCAAAUGGGCAUAACUUAUGUAAGAUCGAGUGGGAACAUUAACACAUCUCCGUUGUCCUCCCACAGCGUAUCAUCAGACAUGGAUUCUGGGAGCCAGCCUGGUGAAACUGUUCAUAAAGCAUUUCAUUCAGACAAAUUAGGCACUUCAGUCCAAGGAUAUUCUGGUCCUUCUAGCCGGCAAAGAAUCAGUAGCAUUGAUUCAACCCCAAUACAUCUUACAGGAGUUUCUCCCGCAUUAGGCUCACAACCUAACAGGUCAAUGCUGAUGUCCAGUGGGCAUUACAGUUCAAAAGAACAUUCUCUAUCUUCAUCUGGUAGCCAAUCUCGAAGCACUGCCUUGAAAGGUGAAAAUAGUACAGCUGUAAAUGCAUUGGAUGGUUCAGUGGCAACGUCAGCGUUAGCACAGACAUCUAACUCAGUUACUACUGUAACAGUAUCACAUCCUUCACAGAAAGAAGCAUUUAAUAACAGUGGGUCGCAUACAAACUCUUUAACAUCUGUCUCUAGAGAAACUAAAGCCAGUGCGUCACCUUUCCAUCAAAAGGAUUCAAGAAGGCCAGUCGAGCCAAACAAGGACACUGCGCAAACAGGAAAAACAAGCAAUCCCCAUGCUGUCAGCCAAGAUGCUGAAAGAACAAGGCUACUGUCUGCUGGAGUCAGCCAUAUCACGGCCGCAGGAAAUGAACAUCCUCGGUCAAACUGCACAGAGAAGAAACCUGGCACUAAAGCGUCCUCCGCUGAUCUUUCCAGAAACAGCAAAGCACAGGCAGUAAAGCAUUAUGAGGGAAGUCCAAAUGCAGAUUCAACUGUAGAUGUAGCGGUUAAUGCUAAGGCAGCCAGCAAUUUGCUGGCUGAAAUAGAUAAAAAAUCUCAGUCUGCUGAAGAACCUAAACAGAAGUUUGGGGACAAAUCGGCUGGCAUUGAGCAUCCUCUAGCCACAAUCAUCGGGGAUGGGAUCCAACCCCCGUUAGACAAAGUCCAGGCUGACAUUCGCAAAAAGCAAGGAAUCCAUGGAUGUUUAGAACCUGACUACCUUGUUGAGGAGGAUCAUGACAAAAGUCUGACCAUGUCCAUGUCGGGCAGCUCUCAGGGAGGUGACGAGGCUGUGUCCUCUUCAUUUGUGCCUUCUGUAAUGACGGAAAGUCCGGAAAAUGAACGGGAAGUCCUGAGGUGUCCAAAGUGCAACAAAGUCUACAAGCAAAGGGUGAAAAAUCUUUUUCAGAAGCAUGUGCUGCAGUGUGGAAAUCAGACUUCACAGGAGGAUGGCGAUGGGAACAAAACCCAGGACAAUGAUUCAAACAAAAGACGGUAUCCCCGACGCAGUGCCCGGGCACGCUCAACUACAUUUUUUGGGUUGACUCCCUUUUAUGGUGUAAAGUCAUAUGGUGGAGAGGAUUUUCCAUUCUAUCGAGAUCCUUCGGGGAAGAAAAGAGGGGAGCAGUCAACUCAAGGACAGGUAGAUGGAGCUGAUGAUCCAAACACAUCCUCUGACGAGGAUAUGGAAUAUUACUACAAUUUCACAAGAACGGUCAUCACGUCUGAUCGCGAGGGAAGGCUUGAGCCGUGUAACUUCUUUGAUGGAGAGGAGGAUUGUCGCUUACCCAGGAUCAGCCAGCUUGAUGGUGUUGAUGACGGCACAGAGAGUGAUGCCAGUGUAGCCACGACAGUGGGCAAAGCAACACAGGUGAGCAAGAUAAAAGCCAAAGAAAACGGAACUGAAAACCUAGACCUUGACGGAACCGUCAACACUGGGGUUGAUGAUGUAGAAAAGGACGAGCAUGGUGUCAAAACAGUUUCUGACCUGAAAGGCAAUGAUACAAAGUUAGAUAACUGCCUUCCAGUGAGCAGAGUGAAGUCUCAGGGCCAAGACUCCUUAGGGGAGGUUUCUCUCACCUCAUUAGACACUGCCAGGCGAGGCCACUCCAGCACGCCUUCGGACAAGAAUUUGCUGGAUAGUUUUAACACAGACUUGUUGAAGUCUGCCAAUGACUCAGACAAUAACAAUAGUGACGACUGUGGCAACAUCCUUCCAUCUGAUAUCAUGGACUUUGUUCUUAAGAACACUCAGUCUAUGCAGACGCUAGGGGAAAGCCCAGAGUCAUCAUCUUCUGAACUCAUAACUCUGGGUGAGGGUCUGGGUCUGGUUAGUAACAGAGGAAAGGACAUGGGCAGCCUCUUUGAAGUGUUUUCCCAACCUCUGUCCAGCACAGAACCUGUGGAAAGUGAUGUCUCAGCCUCCAUUCCUGCAGAGGAGCAAUUUGAGCUUCCCCUGGAGUUGCCGUCUGACCUCUCAGUUUUAACAACAUGCAGUCCAACUGUUUCCAACCAAAGCCACAGCAGCCUCACUGUCAUUUCAACAUCGCAGCUGGCCUCCUCGGAAGAUCAGUCAGUACUGAAUAUACCUGCUGCUGAGUCAGUAGAGAAGGGGGUGACAGUGGCGGGGGAAAAGUCAGUGACGGUGAAUGAUGCUGAAGUUUCUUUGAUAAGGCAUCAAGUGGUGGAGCCAUCUGGCGAAAGCCACAUGACGUCUGAUCAGUUCAUACAAAGUCACAUGGACACUGACCAGUUAACCGCAUCAACCUGCAGUCAGGUGGAACAAGGGCACAACAGCCAGGACAUUACUGUGGUUGGCACCAGCUCACCAGUUGUAAUUCCGACAUCUGUUUCCUCCUCCGUGCCACCUCAGGGUCAGAAAUACAUCACAAGCCCGGCGGACAGUCCUGGGCCUGCACCUAUUACCAACACUACGGUACAGACGGCAACUGCACUCCUUAAACCAGGAACAGAUAACGUCAUUGUCGUCAAUCAGCAUGGACAGCCACUGUAUGUUCUUCACACACAUCCCAAUGGUGUUACUCAAAAGAUAACUCUUGCACCUUCAGUGGGUCCUGCACAAGCAGUUGUAGAGGCAAACAGUACAGCCCUUGCACAAAACGUUUCCAUGGGAGGUAGCCUAGCAUUAGCUACAGGUUUAAAUGCAAGUUUGCCAGCCUCCCAGUCGAUAUGCACUUCUGCCACUAUGGCAAGCAGUAAAGGGUUGCUGACUUUAUCGCAACACCCUCAGUUACAUUCCUUUGCAGGACCCACUGCAUCUGCUUUUCAGCCUAACAGCACUAGCUCUGCCCCUGGCCUCCUCAUUGGGGUCCAAUCACCUCAGGAUCCGCAGCUUUUAAGCUCUGAGUCCAGUCAGAGGCCAGAGCUUGUCACUGCCACAACCUCUAGUCCAGGAUCGACCCAAGCUAAGAAAAGACCAAUAAACAGGCUACCUUCCAAAAAGGGCAAAAAGCUUGCACCUUCAUACCAACAGACUUCUAGUUCUGCUUCAGAAAUUGUGCCUAAUAUAACUUCAAUUAACUUCUCACCAUCACAAGUCCCUGGAGGGAUAACUAACCAGACAGGCUUAGUGGAUUUAGGAGCACUUGCUAGUACAGGACCCCAGCGAACACUUCCUAAUAUAAUCAAAAGGCCCAAGUCUGCAGUGAUGUAUUUUGAGCAGUCAUCUUUGCCUGUGCCCCAGCUUCAGCAAACCCUGGGGGCAGCAGGUUCCACAAACAUCAUUGGUUCAGAAAACACUCAUUUGGCAGCUGGGAACGUAUCUGCAUUGGGUCCAGGCCAGUCUGUUUUAAAUGUUGUAUCUAUGCAAGCAGCAACAGCAGCAACUAGUGGGGGUGCAGUAACAGGCCAUAUUCUGGGUCAAAGUUCAGUGACCUUAACCACUCCCAUGUUGCUAGGGGCAACGGACAUCACUGGCUCAAUAAGCAAUCUGUUAAUCAAAGCUAGCCAACAGAGUUUAGGACUUUCAGAUCAGGCGGUGCCAUUGUCUGGAGCAGGAAUGUUCCAACAUCUAGCACCACCACAAAGCCCUACCAGUGGACCCUUGUCACCACCUCAAAGUAUAUGCUUGCUGCCUUCCAGCCCAGCAGUUAGUGUACCAGUUGCACCAAGCUCAUCUGACCAGGACGGGGCCUAUCAGCUACACCAACAGAUAACUCAGCUUCUGUCUAGCAAAGGUGUAGCAACAACUGCCCAACUAGAUGCUGUCUGCAGUUCAGGAGGCCAAAUGUCAACCACCACGUUAACAGUGUCAACAAGCGUUGUGAGCAGCACAGUUGUUUUUUCAAACACCAGCAUGGUUUCGCCAGUUCCAGUAACCUCCAAGUUUUCCUCCAUGGACCAGUCUCCUGUCAGUGCAAUGACCGUGGUCUCUUCAGACUCCCCAAGGGCCAAGCCCAGGAUAAAACGGGCAUCACCUGCUUUGGACAAACAAAGCAUUAAAAAGCACAAGACGGCCCACAUGAUGACUGAAUCCUUUGGAGAUCAUCAAGCUGUUCUGGAGUCUGAUUCAACCAACGUUCCUCUGUCCUCCAGUGCUGAGCCUUUUCGAGUACGAUUAAAGACAACCAUGCAAAAUGCAGUGGAAUUUGAUGAGCACCAACAAGAGGAUGGUAACCGGGAUUCUGAGUCUCCAAGUCAAAUGGAACAUAUGCCAACGCUGCAGCCUUUUGAAUCCAUGAAUACAGCAUCAAAUACAGAAGGACAGGACGACUUUGUCACUGAAUCUAAAAGCUCAGAUGAUGAUGACUCCUUCAGUUCUCCACUUCUCGCUCUACUUGAGCAAGAGGAAAAGAGGAAAGAAAUCAGGAGUGAGAAGAAAUCGAAGAAAGGCCUGCUGUUUCAGAUCACGAGUGAUGAUGGGUUUCAAAUCCAAUGUGAUAAUAUUGAAGAAGGGUGGAAGGUGCUGACUGACAAAGUACAGGAAGCUCGGUCCAAUGCCCGCCUGAAACACAUCUCAUUUUCUGCGAUAAAUGGACUGAAAAUGCUGGGUAUUUCUCAUGAUGCAGUGGUGUUCCUAAUCGAACAACUUUAUGGAGCCAAACGUUGCAAGAAUUAUAGCUUCAAGUUUCAUAAACACCAGGAAGUGGAUGAGCUUCCUAUCAACCCACACGGAUCAGCAAGGGCUGAAAUACACCAAAGGAAGUCAGCGUUUGACAUGUUCAAUUUUUUGGCUUCAAAACAUCGGCAGCCACCAGACUAUUGCCCCAAUGAAGAGGAGGAAGAGGAGGUGCAGCUUAAAUCAGCACGACGGGCAACCAGCAUGGACCUUCCAAUGGCCAUGCGAUUCAGGCACUUGAAAAAGACUUCAAAGGAAGCAGUUGGUGUCUACCGGUCACCAAUCCACGGACGGGGCCUUUUCUGUAAGCGAAACAUUGAUGCAGGUGAGAUGGUCAUCGAAUAUUCGGGUAAUGUCAUUCGAUCUGUCCUCACAGACAAACGAGAGAAAUAUUAUGACAGCAAGGGGAUCGGUUGUUACAUGUUCCGUAUUGAUGAUUAUGAGGUUGUGGAUGCCACGAUGCACGGAAAUGCGGCACGUUUCAUCAACCACUCCUGUGAACCCAACUGCUAUUCGCGGGUGAUAAAUGUGGAUGGGCAGAAACACAUCGUCAUCUUUGCCGUGCGAAAAAUCUACCGCGGUGAAGAGCUCACGUACGACUACAAGUUCCCAAUCGAAGACGCCAGCAACAAACUGCCUUGUAACUGUGGAGCAAAGAAAUGCAGGAAGUUCCUGAACUGAGGGGGAAAAAAAGAUGUAACUGGUGAAAAAAACCCUCUUGAGGUGACUGUGCCAUGAUUUAAUGGGAUCCCUGAAAAAAUAUUGGGAUGGAAAUGAUAGUGGAAUUGCAUUGCAGUUUGCAACAUAAAAAAAAAUUGUUAAAGCAGUUUUAAACACUAGAGUCAUAGAAUGGUUGCAGCAUAGAAGGAGGCAUUUGGUCCAUGGAGUCCAUGACUAAUGGCAAAAAAUAUAAUUCAGACAAAUUCACGAAUCUUAUGGUUUUGUUGCCGAAAUGGUAAAAUACAUUGCUAAACAGUGUUAGCUGCUGAGCACUUCCAGAACUGCAUGGCAGAGUGCUAAUCAGCUACAGCCCAAUUUCCAUCCCUAAAAUGUUGCAUAUGUGGGAAGUAGGAGUUCUGAGUGAAAUGAAUAAGUGCAACCAACUUCCCAGUCAAUUACAGUACCAAGGCAACAACUAAAACUGAAAUUCAACCUGAAUCAGCAGGGUUAAUUGAGCAGACUCUCCUCUCUGGUAAAAAGAAAGGGAAAGAUCAAGUGUGAGGGAAAUUAAUAUCUUUAACAGCUGUUCACUGGAAAAGGCAGAGGCAAUGCAGGGAGAAUAUGCAGUUUUGAUCUUUUGUGUGAUACAGUUUCUGACCUGGGAGUGGUUUGCUUUUGAUCAUGAUUUAAAAUGUGAAAAAGCUAUUUUUUUCAAAUCUGUUCUUCUCGUGACAGCCAAUCCUCAAUAGCAGAGCCACUUUAAGUGAAGAUGAGCUGAACCGUGGCUGUACCCGUGCAGCAUUUGGGAAAGUCUGUAGUCCCAUAAAAUCACUUCAAUCUGGCAAGUUCCCUACCCUUUCCAGGAGGCAGUUAUCGCAUAUUUUAUUUUAUGUUUAAAACUGUAUGAUUUUUUCUGACCUUAAGAAUCUCAUUUACAGUGGUAGAAUAUAGAAUUAACACUAACUGGGUAGAAAUUCUGCCUGACACUUGUUUGGAUUUCUUUUUUGUAAAUGCUUAUUUUUAAUUGCUUCAAAGUGGUACUGCACUUGUUAGUGGGCCGGCUAUUCAGAGGUGAAAUUAAGAGAACCAUAUGGAAGGAGACAGAGGAAGGAAAUAGCAACCAGGGUACACUGAAACUUCACACUGACCUCUCUAGUGGUAGGAAAGCCUGCUAAUGAGCGCUCAAUUUAAUAAUCCCUGAAAACCCUUUGCUGGUAAUACACAAAGCUAGUGUUGACAUUGACACUACCUGUUUGAAGUGCACUAGUUGUGCAAAAGCACUAAUGAUGUGAUAAUGAAACUCUAAGCUUUAAAUAGCGCCCGUUUACUAUCAGCAGGGGCGAGGGGGAGAGAAAUUACAAUCUGACACUUCCACCGAUCUAAACCUGUAUAUUUUUAAUUGAUGGAGGCAGGUUGGGUAGGAAGUCAAUGCUUCCACACUGAUGGGUAUUACUUAAUAAUCUCUUAACUGUAUAAAGGAGCAUGAGGAAACUUGAAGAUAAAACAUCUCAACCUUCCUUUCCAGUUACAAUUCACGGACUUCUAAAAUCCAAGCUUGACACCACCUAACCACUGCUCUUUUCAACCUUGUCUGUAUCUUGCAUGAUGAGCUUUAGCCCUUGUCCCCAUCCGCAAAAACAGCAACGCACUUCUGGAACAGUGUUUGCAAUUCUUCAAAAUAUAUUUAUGUUAGAGAGUUAGGUGGCAAGAUAUUGUCGAACAUCCAACCAAGAGGUUGUAGUCUACACUUAAGUUUGUAUUGGUUUUCUUGCUUUAAUCUUCCUGUAAGUGAGUCUCUUCCUGAGGAAAGUUUGUAUUAUAGGGAGUUGAAAAUGAGGGCAUUUGAUCUCGAUGAAGUAGUUUUGGAUUCGACCGCGAGUUAAUCUCAACCUAAAACUGGGAAGCCUAGAAGUUGCUGUGAAUGUUACUGGUGUGCGAAUGCUUAACCAGUUCUUCUAGCGUUCCUUAAUCCACUUUUUUAACACAGGUGUUAAACACCUCUACUGAAAUAACAGAUGAAUGCCUACCAGCACAUUAAGCAUCCAUCUACUGGUAACUUCUAGGUUACCUUUUUUGUAGUCCCACCACUUAACAGCUGUAUUGCACUGUAAUGUGGAAAAAUUAAUACCAGUUCCCAAAAAAAUACUUAACCACCAUAUCAGAGUGACAGAGGGAACUCUUUUUUAAAAAUGUUUAUUUUGUGAAUUGAAAAAUAAUUUCUGCUGAAAUGACAAAAGUGCUACAAUAGCUGACUCCUGGAACAUGGGCAAGUUUUUUUUGACCGAAUGAAUGCAUCUCAAGUGGGUUUAUGGCAGUGACUUAAUGUUUGAAGAUCUUGAUCCCUUAUAUUUUUGCACUGUGUGCUAUUUAGAUUGACGCUAAAACUAAUGUGUUUGUACUGACUACAGCAAUGUAUCCUGUCAUUCGGACUACAGCCGUAUUUCCAUGUCUCCCAUUGUUCAGAUUAUUAGCUGUGUCUUGUAUUCCAUUAUCCAGAUUAUAGAUGUGUCUCCUGUUAUCCAAACUGUCUUGAGUUUCAAAAAAAGAGCGGUUUGGCUGAUCAGGAAGUUGUUUUUUUAUUUAAAGGGGCACAGUCUUCAUUUAAAACAAACACAGGCGUCACCUACCCGUGCCCUCUCCACACUUCCAUUCCUCUUCGUGGACAAAGACAGUGCCCCUUUAAGCAAUAAUUGACAGCUAGCCAGGCUGAUGGAUGGAAGUCUGUGUCAGGAUGAAUUUUUCCCUGGUGUUGAUAUUUGUUGUCCAUUAUUGCUGUUCAGUUACACCUCUGGACAAAAAUUGGGUUGGGGAUUUUUCUUCUUCAUAUUGGGUUUGUCUUCACUCAGUUGCUGCUGCUUAAUGACAUCCAUCUGCCACCAGCCUUUUGGGACCAUGUUCCUCGCUGCUAUGAUAUCAGCUUGUACUUGAGGGCACCUUCGCUCAUGGAGAGGUAUUAACCUGUUAUGUAAGAAAUGUAAGAAAGAGCAGUGUUUACCUGAGAAGGACAUUGCACUUCACCAAGUUUGUGGUGGAAUCGCCAGGGCAGCAUACUUACAGCACAAGGAAGACAAGCCUUCCGAGUGUGGUGUUAAUGUUCAGGUAAUGGGGAUUCUACUGGA